AGGAACAAAAUGUCUGGCAGAGGAAAAGGCGGCAAAGGCAAAACCGGUGGCAAAGCUAGGGCCAAGGCUAAGACCAGGUCGUCCAGGGCUGGACUCCAGUUCCCUGUUGGCCGUGUGCAUAGGCUUCUGCGUAAAGGCAACUAUGCCGAGCGGGUUGGCGCUGGUGCUCCUGUCUACCUUGCUGCCGUGCUCGAGUACCUGACUGCUGAGAUCUUGGAGUUGGCUGGCAAUGCUGCCCGCGACAACAAGAAGACCCGUAUCAUCCCCCGUCACCUGCAGCUGGCCGUCCGCAACGACGAGGAGUUGAACAAACUGCUCGGCGGAGUCACCAUCGCUCAAGGUGGCGUGCUGCCCAACAUCCAAGCUGUUCUGUUGCCCAAGAAGACCGACAAGCCAGCCAAGGCCAAGUAA